AUCUUUGAUUGGGUUGUCCCUGACAGACUACUUAUUCCAUCCCUGACCACUGUCACCAUCCCACUGACCAGAUCCUCUCACCUCUUUGCUUCCUCAGUUACAAUGGUCGAACUCAACGGAACAUCUGCACCUGCCUCUGAUUCCCGCACAGGGGAUCAUGUCGAUCAGAUCGCCAUCUCCCCCACAGCCCCUGACCAAGUGGCCAAUCUUGCACAGACCAUUGCCUCGUUGGCCAAGUCCUUUACUGCCGGUGAUUCCGGAGUUCGACAGAAGCUGCUCGAAGCUGCCGAUUCCCUGCUUUCUGCCCUGGAGACUCCUCGCGAGACAAUUCUCCGCUAUUGCUGGCGCAACCCUACUGGCUUCGCGGCCAUCGAAAGCGGAAUCAACCUGGGCAUCUUCCGCUACCUCUCCAGCCAUGAGCGCCCCAUUCCCAUCCCCGAGCUGGCCACCGCCACCGGGGCAGACACCGUCCUCCUCCAACGAAUCAUGAAAAACCUCAAUGCCGUCCACGCCGUGACCGAAACCGACCGAGACGAAUACAUCAGUAACAACUUCACACGCACCGUUGCCAACACCCGCUACGCCGAUGCCUUUCCCACAAUAACAGGAACCACCUCCCCCGCCAUCACCGCCAUCCCCGAAUUCCUCCGCAAAACCCAAUACCAAAACCCCACCAACGGACUCGUCUGUCCCUUCCAACAGGGCUUCCGCACUGAGUUCUCCUUCUUUGACUUCUUAUCCCGGGAUUCUACCCUCAGCGCCCAAUUCAACAACCUCAUGUCCGUUUACCACCAAGGCCGCGCCAGCUGGAUGGACCAGGGCUUCUACCCCGUGGAGCGCCUCCUCACUCCCACUCCCAUCACCUCCACUCCCGACAGCAAUAUCCUCCUCGUCGACGUCGGCGGCGGCAAAGGUCACGAUCUGAACGAGUUCCGCAUCAAAUGGCCCGCCGCUACCGGCCGCUUAAUCCUGCAAGACCAGCCCGCCGUACUGGCCGAAGCCACGGGCCUGCACGAGUCCAUUGAACGCAUGCCACAUGAUUUCUUCACGGAACAGCCGUGCAAGGGAUCCCGCGCCUACUUCCUCCACUCCGUCCUCCACGACUGGCCCGACGACAAAUGUCUGAAGAUCCUGGCCCCGUUACGCGCGGCCAUGACACCGGGCUAUAGUCGACUGCUAAUCAACGAGAACGUCAUUCCUGAUCGUGGAGCCCAUUGGCAAGCUACUGGGUUGGAUUGGGUCAUGAUGGCGGAUUUUGCGGGCGCGGAGAGGACGGAGGCGCAGUGGAGGGGGUUGUUGGGGAGAGCGGGAUUCAGGAUUUUGAAGAUUUGGGUGGGGGAUGCGUGGUCGGAGAGUUUGAUUGAGUGUGAGGUGGAGGUGUAGGUUGGGUAUCUGGCUGUUGUUUCUGUUGGGGUUGAUGUUUAGAUAGAGAAUGGAUUAAUGAGAUGGAUCUAUGGAUGGUUUGGGGUUGACUAUACUGGGGGGAUUUGAUUGGGUAGUAUAUGAGGGCUUGGUGGGGUUUGAGUGGUGUAUAUAUCUUAAUAGCC